GCGGGGCACCAGGAGCUGUCCACGCUCUCCUCUGCUCCACGGCCGUUCGACAGCGCGCAUUUUUGGGUUCUCCCUCCGCAGUUAUGGGCGCCGCAGCUUCGUCUGCCCUCACCGGACUCAGCCUCCUCCAGCUCCGCCUCCGCCAUGCGCUCCCAGCCUCGGCGCAGUCCAGGGCCGCCCGUUUCUGGGCGGCCGCGCUGGGACUGGCCGCCGCCGCGGCGCUGGGGGCCGCAGCCUGGAGCACGAGGGACCGGCGGCGGCGGCGACGACAGCGGAGGCUGCAGCAGGUGGGCACCGUGGCACAGCUCUGGAUCUACCCCAUCAAGUCCUGCAAGGGGGUGCCUGUGAACGAGGCUGAAUGCACCGAGUUGGGGCUGCGCAGCGGCCACCUGAGAGACAGAUUUUGGCUCAUCAUCAAUGAAGAAGGGAACAUGGUCACCGCUCGACAGGAGCCCCGCCUGGUGCUGAUUUCCCUAGCCUGUGAAAAUGACUCCCUGAUCCUCAGUGCAGCCUACACCCAAGACUUGAUUCUACCUGUCAAAGUACCCACCACCAAUGUGGUGAGGAAGUGCAGAGUUCAUGGCCUUGAGAUUGAGGGAAGAGAUUGUGGUGAUGAGGCAGCCCAGUGGAUUACCAGCUUUCUGAAGACUCAGUCCUAUCGUCUGGUGCAUUUUGAGCCUCACAUGCAGCCAAGGAAUUCCAAACAAAUAGUGGAUUAUUUCCGGUCUAUAGAUAAGGUCCCUUACAGCGAUACCAGCCCUUUCUUGAUUCUCUCUGAGGCCUCCUUGGCAGAUCUCAAUUCCAGGCUUGAGAAGAAGGUUAAAGCAAACAACUUCCGGCCCAAUAUAGUGCUUUCAGGAUGCGGGGUUUAUGAGGAGGAUUCUUGGAAAGAAAUCCUCAUUGGUGAUGUGGAAAUGAAAAGGAUAAUGGCUAGUGGCCGGUGCAUUUUAACAACUGUAGAUCCAGACACUGGCAUCAUGAACAGGAAGGAACCCCUGGAAACCUUAAGGAGUUAUCGGCAAUGUGAUCCCUCUGACCAAAAGGUGUAUGGCAAGGCACCUCUCUUUGGACAGUUUUAUGUCCUGGAAGAUCCAGGAACAAUCAAAGUGGGGGAUCCAGUGUACCUCUUGGACCAGUGACAGCAGCAUCAUCUCUUUCUGUGGCAUAUCUCUUUUGUAUAUUUGCUGGGAAAUAACCCCUUUUAAAAAGAGUUUUUGGCUAUGAACAUCCUUACAAUCUCUUCUGAUUUAAGUGUCUCAACCUUUUCUCUCUUAGGCCUCCUUGUGACUUCCGGUGUCCCAGAGCACCAAGAGAAGAAAUGAGCCCUUCUUAAUGCUGCUAAAACUUCUGAGAGUCACUCAAGUGAUGUGAUAAGACAGGCUUUUGAUAAUUCUUUUUUAAGUGGGAGUAUUGGGGAGGGUGGAUGAGGGUAGGUAAUGGACAAGGAAAAGCCAUCUCUUAGGGCUUUGCAUUGAGGAGAGGAGAAUGAGAUACAGAAAUCUCUUCUUCCUCACUCUACCCUCACAUCACCACUACCCAUAGGAGGACAGAAAAAGGAAAGGGAAAAGGUAGCAAGGUGAAAAGGAGGACAGAAAAUACUUUGGAGGAUAUAUUUUGUUGUUAUUCAGUCAUGGACAGCUCCUCAUGACUUCAUUUGGGGUUUUCUUGGCAUUGCCAUUUCCUUC